UUCACCUAGCACCUAGCUAUAGACAGUCUCCUCACUUCCCAUUUCAUAUCCAGCCAGAACCGUCGCAUCGAUACCUAUACCCAUGGAUCCAGAGGAGCAGAGCUCGAGUGUACAGUUCGAGGGUCUCCCGUUCGAGAUCACGCAAGCUAUCUUGAGCCACCUACCCUUGAAGGACCUUAUACCCGUAUCCUUACUUUCAUCAACGCUACGAGCGGUCUCACUAUCGCCGCAGAUCACACCGUUUCUCGGACCCGUUCAGCGUAUACUACUCCGUGGACCACCUUACCCACCGGAACUCGCCUCCCUUGGAAGCUAUACCCACGUAGCGAGGAAUGUCUUUACAGAGAUCUUGGUCAGAGGGGAGGCGAGAUGGAUCCUGGAAGAGAUGGAGAUACCCAAGUUGUCCGAUGCUGUAUGGGAAGAGGUGUUUCGCAGGAGGUUCUUGCCCAGCUGGAGGCGGUACGGAGAGGGGGACGAGCGCUGGAGGGCGAUGUUCUUGCGGAUGCUGAGGCGAUUGGAGCACCGGGCGCUGGGUUGCACUCACGAAGAGUCAUGGACGCGCUUUCUCAUGUUACACCGGAAUGGAACUUGCUCACUCAACCGAAUAUAUUCCCGCACGUUCGACCCGUUGGAGAUCUUUCGAGAGAUAAAAUUGCAAAACAACUUGUCGCAUCUUCCGACUCAAGUCCGGCUACUGGUUCAGCUUCAGGACGUUCGGAUCUUGAUGUUUGGCGUGUUGGCCAGUCCCCGGUCGGUCUUUAUCAACGAAAAGGCAUUCCGACUGUGUCACCCUCCGAAGCUCUCUGGCAGGAACAAGGCUGGGUGGGAGACGGUGGUGGACGAAGAUGGAUACGAGCUUGAACCACCUGAUCACGUCAAGGCGGCACGCAUGAAGAAUCCGAGGAGGAACUCUGAACUUCCAGAUCUACGCACACAUCAGACACCCGCUAAGUUGGCGAGAGGCCGGUCUUAUUCAGUCAUGGAGACGUCUGCAUCAUCGUCGACGGGGACGACCACGCAACCUUGGAACAUGACGACCGCACAGGUAUUCGCCCCUCUCAGUUCUACGAGCCGGUUGAACAGCUCGGUUCAGAUGUUGCAACACAAUGCCACACCGGAAGAGACCUCCAAUUCUGGAGUUGCAGCGGGAACGUCUUCUUCCCGCCAUCGUUCGGGAUCGGGAUCAGCCUUGACUAGGAUGCUCAAGUUCGGAUCCUCGUCCUCGAGUUCAAACAAUAACAACGCCGGGCCGUCGACGGCGAUGUUGUCCUCGUCCGAAGGCGCAAGCACUGGUGGCUCAGGGUCUAGGAGCCGGAAUUGGUUACGUAGGAUAGGCUCCCGCGACUCGCAAGAAGGGCGCUCGUCAGAUGAUCAGCAGAGGAACAACCAGGGGGGUCUGUCAGAGGUACCUGAGGAUGCAUCGCGGUCGCAAAGAGGCAUCGUGUCCGAGGGUUUACCUUUACCCACGGCAAGGACACCUGUCAAUGAAGAUGGUAACAGUGAUCGCGCGGAAGCAUGCGGACCUGGCUGGAAUGGCAUCCGUCACGACGACAUCGACAAACGUCGGACCAAUCAGAUUGAUGCGCUGGGCAGCCUUCCUUAUUCGAUCAUGACGCAUCCAUGCCCUGCGCCUAGCCAUGCCUUGUACCCCAAUUAUACGCCUAGGGGUCAGGUGGCAGGUCAGUCUGACGAGAACUUUCCUCUGGACCCGAUCUUCCCCGGUAGUGGCGACAGAGAAAGCAAGAAGGAGACAAAUGGUACGAACGGCCGAGCGGGGUCUCGUCAUGGUCUACCCGGUCGCGCAGGUCGUCAUGGUGUGGAUACAAGGCAAUAUCAUCCGAUACUCAAGGAAAGGAAAUGGUUACAAGGUGUCGUCAAGGACGGAGGCAGGGUGGUUCCCAGCGAAUGGGUUCAGAAUCAGGGUCAGGAUGGCGGGGAGGCAUUGACAUGGGUGGGACCGGUGCUGAUCAUUGCGCAAUUGCAACCCGCACACCCACGACCGCCGAAAUACGCCCCCGCCGCUGCCUCCGCAGCACCCGACGCCCAGCCAGACAAUGACCAGUCCGACCACUGGAAUACGAGUGGAGACUGGCAAGAUGGUCCAGCCAACUCGCUGGACAUAGUAGGAUCCAGUGGAAUGUACGCUUCGUUCGAGUAUAGCGACCUGUAUGCGAUCGGGGGUUGGAUCCGGAUCGACGGGGAAACUGGCGCGCUGGACGCCCAGGGAGCCAGCGCGUGGGGCGGAUCGGGAGGGAGGAGGGAUGGUUUGGGAUUCGGACGAUGAUGCCCGCCGCGAGAACGGAAACAGGAUGGUUGUAUCGAACUCAGGAGGAAGAAGCAGGUUGCAUACAAAUAACGAUCAACGUGUAUCGAAGAAGCUGGAG